UCACCAUCCGCAGAAGUUGCCCUAUCAGUCUCUGUGGUACCCUGAGCUGCCAUCGUCUUAACGUGGACCCGCUGUCAAGAGCGAGGAGCGCCCCGGCCGACUCUCUCUCCCUCUCUCUCUCACACACACACACGCCGAACCCCGAACCUCGAACCGAGCCUCCGCCGGACACACAGCCCUCCAUCCCGGUUCCCCUCUACGGUUUUGACUCCUGACCCCGGUGCACCUGCUGCUCCUCUGCACCCAGUCGUCCUCCAGCAGCUGCAGCUGAUUUCGUCUCCUUCUUCAUCGUCUUCUUCCUCGUGAGCGGACAUGCCUCCAGCUGUGGGUGGGCCCCAGGGGUACACCCCUCCAGAGGGUGGCUGGGGCUGGGCUGUGGUGGUGGGAGCCUUCAUCUCCAUCGGCUUCUCCUACGCCUUCCCCAAAUCUAUCACCGUGUUCUUCAAGGAGAUCGAGAUGAUUUUCGAUGCCACGCCCAGUCAGGUGUCCUGGAUCUCCUCCAUCAUGCUGGCUGUCAUGUAUGCUGGAGGCCCUAUCAGCAGUAUCCUGGUGAACAAAUUUGGCAGUCGACCAAUCAUUAUCCUCGGCGGCUGUCUCGCAGGGUCCGGCCUGGUGGCAGCUUCCUUCUGUAACACAGUGCAGCAGCUCUACUUCUUUAUAGGAGUAGUUGGAGGGUUGGGACUGGCGUUCAACUUGAAUCCAGCCCUCACCAUGAUCGGUAAAUACUUCUUCAUACGUCGGCCGAUCGCCAACGGCAUCGCCAUGGCAGGCAGCCCAGUGUUUCUGUCUACGCUGGCUCCCCUCAACUCCUGGCUGUAUGAUGAGUUUGGGUGGCGAGGCAGCUUCCUCAUCCUGGGAGGACUUCUGCUCAACUGCUGCGUGGCCGGAUCCCUCAUGCGCCCCAUCGGACCCAAACCUCAGCCGCAGAAGCCCGACUCUGAGGCAGGCGAUGGCAAGGCAGUGGAUCAAGUGAAGCCACAGCAGAAAAAGACAGUCAUGCAAACCAUCAACUCCUUCAUCGACCUGACGCUGUUCAAACACCGCGGCUUCCUGCUGUACCUCGGCGGCAACGUCUUCAUGUUCUUCGGCCUCUUUGCUCCGCUCGUCUUCCUCUCCAAUUUUGCCAAGAAUAAAGACAUCAGCAAAGAAAAGGCAGCCUUCCUGCUGUCGGUUCUGGCCUUUGUCGAUAUGUUCGCCCGGCCCUCCAUGGGCAUGUUGGCCAACACCAAGUGGGUCCGGCCCAGGAUACAGUACUUCUUCGCCGCUGCCAUCCUCUACAACGGAGUGUGUCACGUACUGGCGCCACUGUCAGUCGACUACACUGGAUUUGUGAUCUACGCCAUGUUCUUUGGUUUCGCCUUUGGCUGGCUGAGUGCAGUGCUGUUUGAGACACUGAUGGACCUGGUGGGAGCUCAGAGGUUCUCUUCAGCUGUGGGGUUGGUCACCAUAGUGGAGUGUGGCCCGGUGCUACUUGGCCCACCGCUGACAGGUAGUUUCUAUAACUACUACCACCACUACAGCUACACCUACAUCUCCUGUGGCAUCAUCCUCAUUGUCUCAAGUGUGAUCCUCUUUAUUGGAAUGAGCAUCAACUACCGCCUGCUGGAUCGAGAGAGGAAAGAGGAGGAGAGACGAGAGAGGGAGCAACCCAAGGAGGAGCGCACCGCCAUGUUGACACCUCCCUCUCCGUCAAAAUCGGACGAGGACAAGGCGGAGGAGAACGCACCGGCAGCUGUCACGCUGGAUGAGGUCGCCAGGAUGGACGAGGACACUGUGUAGAAAGAAAAAUUACAAAAGGGACUUGAGAAAGACGCAUCACACGCUUUGAAACACACAGACGUUGCAGUACAACCUCACACUGUCUUUAUAGAGUGAUAAUACCCUCGAACACAACCCUGAAGCCAUAGAAGCACUUACUUUUAUCAAUAUAACGUGAGACCUGCUGCUGUGACGUGAAGCUUACCUGAGUGUAAAGUUCGUCGAGCAGUGUUGAGACCUCUGGUUUCGGUAUUUGACGUGCCUUUGGUAAACUCAAGUCCUCCAGGAACAGCACUUAUAUAAACUCCAUAAAGACGCACAACAGACAGAAUGACUGUAAGAUUAAAAAAAAGAAAAAAAUCAAGUAAACUAAUGAGGACUUUACUCUCAGGGUCUUGAGCUGCAGUAAAGGUUCAGAACCUCAAACACACAGGAACAGUUUUUUGCUGCAGUACUUAGAGAUUUUCCCUCACGUACGUAUUCACAUUUACGCUGAUUCACCCCACAAAGGGCUGGACAUACAUUUAAAGGACACAUUCACAUUACUGCCAGCACAGUAAAUCUGCUCACAUGCUAGUUAAGGGCAUGGAGUCGAGAACCUUUUCACAAAAAAAUGAAGUAAAACUUUGCAGAAAAUAAUCUGGAAGUUCACCAACACAAAGGGAGUAGUUUUAAUGUCAGCAGUUGUUACAUAUUUAACUCUUAGUGAAGGUCACCUGGUACAAAAAAUGGAGCUUAAAAAUACAAAGACGGUAACGGAAGUGAAAAUUAAUAUAGAGGCAAACAAGGUCACAAUGCUAGUGUGGUGUGGAUGGUGCGCUUGUACAUAAAUAAGUGUGCACUUUGUGCGUGUAAUAUUGUAUCAUACACCCUCCACCCAGAGCAGAUCAUUGCUCGUGGUUGCGUCGACAAAGACAAAACGCAUUUGGACAAAAAAAAAAAAAAAACGAUCACACAGCGACGCUCCUCCAUCCCGUGGAUGUGUCUGCUGGGCUCCCAGCAGGAGGAGACCGCUCGCAGUAUUAAAUAACAGCACGCGCUGGUUUUGGGGUGAAAUGAGAGAGAGAGGUUGAGAUUUGUACCAGAUCGAUGGGUUUACCUGGUGUCACCAGCCCGGCUGUGAUGCCGUUACAGGAACAAAUCCCUCUCUGAACCACACACCAUGAUAAAGUGUCAUCAUUUCAGAUUAUAGGCCUCACAGCAUCCUAGUGUCAUUUUUUAAAAAUUGUGAAUAACACUUGUAGUUUACAGUUAUAUCAGCAAAACCUUUGUAAAUUUAAAAAGAGAUCUAUUUUAGCUUGCUGUAUAAUGACAAUCUGACAACAAGUAAUCUUUAUAAUGGGAUUUAAUGUGUUUGGAUGAAAGCAGGCGUGUGUGUGUGUGUGCGUGUGUCUGUUGUCAGCAGACAGUUUUAACUGUAGCCAGGUUUCAUCAUGUCAUGUCUGUUAUUCGGCCGCUGCAGUAUCAAUACAUCACGCAGUUUGUCUCUAAACUGUACAGAAUGUGUCAUAUCAGAUCCACAAUGUUUCAGUUUAAAAUCGAUCAAAGACACUCAAUGAUUAUCAGUUGAUCAACGACUGGGUUUACUGCCAACAUGAACCGACGAAGCUUUUGUUGGAGGACAGUUUUAGUGUCCAGACCUCUUCCCCCUCUGGAUAAACUUUCCUUAUUUUGCUUUUUCUGGGAAACUAAAUGGAGGUUUUAAACAAUUCACUAUUUAGAUGCUUUAACUUUUAAUAUUUUAUUCUUCUAAAUUAUGCUUGAUGAAGGAAAGUUCAGCAUUUUCACCUGUUUCUUAUCUACGGACUUAAUUUAUAGAUUUAGUGAUCAUGUCUUGAAGUGGAAGUGAUGUCUGCUCUGAACUUUAUAAAGAUACUAUAAAAUAUGAGGGCAAAAAAAACAAAACCAGCUUAUAAUAGACACUAAAUGGUUUCUCUCCAUAGCGUCAGGUAAAUUGAUAUUUCAGACAUAACUAUAAAAUGCGACUCGUAGCAUUGUGAGAUUGUUGGAGGAAGCUUUUUGUGCCGUUGUAUGAACUUUUGAGGACAUCAUACUCCAUAGUGCAACGAUUUCACACUCUCAAUUCAGCCACUAAAAUGGCGGAAAGUCAAUAUAAUGCAACAUUUAGUGAUUCUCGACACAGACAUACGCUGUCCUGCUGCUUCUUGUAAGUCGAUUUCCCUCUUCAGAGAGAAACGUCUGCAGACCCAACAUGCAUCACCAGUUCUGUUACGUUGGAAUGUAAAUGAAUGUGUUGAAAAGUGUGUACGUUCACACCAUUUUGAGUCUGUCUGACAGACUUUCUGGUAAUCAUACUGACCAAAUGUAUUAGAUUUUGAGAGAAUUAAUUACAAAGUUUUCUAAAAGUAAUUAUUUUAACAGAAGUCUUUUUAAGGUAUUGUUGGUAUCAAUGGGAGAAGAGUUCCCUGUUGUUGUGUCUGCCCGUCUAUGGACAUGAAUUUGAAGCAGAUUUCUGUUCAGGUCCGUGUUUGAGGGGAACAAGUAGAGAGACAUGCUGCAGACAGACCUGCUGUCUCUCUGCGUCCACAUUCAGUUACAGCAGACUGAUACUCAUGAUGACAUUAUAGUGUUUUUCAAUGGGAGACUUUAUUUUUCUGAUUCAGAAUUGACUUGAACCUUCAUUUAUUUUACCUUUUUUAGAGGUGAAGAUUUUGAAAAUGAAAGGUGAUACUAUGAAAACAUUUCAUUGAAGCCCUGAAUGUGAGUCUUUUCCAGUGCAGGGUUGGUUUUUUUUUGAAAACUGUAUUGUUUAUCCACAGCACCUUUCUGUUUAAAAAAAGAAAAGAAAAGAAACCCCGAACAAAUAAUAGUAUUGAGUUUCUGGACAAUAACGUGACUUUUUAUUUUUAUUUUAUCUUAGUAGUGGUAGAUGUUUUUUUUUUUAUGUGUAAAGUGUUUUAUGACUGGUGAGAGAAUGAAUAAAAAAAAAGUGUUUUUGAGACAAA